UAAAAUAUUUGACAAGGAAUGAAAGAAAAACACAGACAAAAAAUUAUAAGACCUUCCAAAACACAUGUCGUUAUUUUUUUACAGAAACAAGGUGGGAGCUCAUUUACCCGCGUUUCAACACCACAUGUGUCUCAGGUCAGCCUCCUCCUAUCGGCUACCGUAGCGCUUACACCAAACCCACGUGGUCAACCAAAACAUCAUGGCGGCUGGUUUCAAGUAAGAAUGAACUGUUGCUAAAAUGUGUAAAAUAAUACCUUUCACGUGUCGUAUCCUAUUUUCUGAAGCCAGUUUAUCGUAUGACCAGAAUUAGAUCCGUUUAUAGCAAAAAUAAACGUAAAUCGGCUGAUUUGUGUAUUUCUUAUUCGUGACAUGACUAACUGUGAUUGUAGGAGAUGAGAUAUAAGGUAAAAUGUGUCUGUGACAGCUUUAAUCCACGAAAAUGCCUUUCUUUCCCUCUUUUUCUACACACUGUCAGGACUGCUGAGCCUCUGGAGUACCACAGAAGCUAUCUGGUGAGUUUCAAACGACCUUAAUCUCGUCACAACAUUAACCAGAGCUGUUUUUGCAAUGUGACAGCUGUGAUUCGUUAUUUUCAUAGAAGUGAUGUAACUUUCGCACUUUUCAGAAGGAAAAUUGUCGACAUGAUGGACGGGAGCUGUCUGAAUUUAGAACAACAACACUAAACAUUGGUGAGGAAAAAGCACAGGCUCGUUAAUAAAGUGUUCAUAAGUUAAUUUCACAUUUUCGUCUCUCACCUCAGCUAUUUUUUCUGUUUUCUGUGUUUAGGGUCCAUAUCCACAGCAGACGGUUCCGCCCUGGUUAAACUCGGAAAUACAACAGUCAUCUGCGGGAUUAAAGCGGUAAAUGGCUGUGAACACAGGGAUUUAAAGGGAUAUUCCGGCGUAAAAUUAAGUUAGGGUCAAACACACCUUAACACAGAGAUAGACACCCCCUCCAGAGAUGAAUGUUGUCGACCGCUUGCUUCUAUAGUUAUACCAACUUUAGUAAGAAUCGUAUGAUAGCAAGACAGAGAGCCACGUGCUCAGCCAUCAUAAUCAUAAAUGUUCUUCCUUGAGCUGCGUCACCCCACUGUAGUCCGUAAUGGACUGGCACAAGGUCUCGCUACAAACAAGCGGCUGCUGGAAGAGUGUGGAUGAGUUGUGUUUAGUCUAUUUGCUAAAGAACUAGGCUGAGUUAAAAAGAUGUUUGGUGGCUAGUGCUGUGGCUGGGACCCUAUAUGUACUGUUGAUGAAGUUAGGUGCUGUUCUGAGCAUUAUUUGUGGCUAUAGAGUGGCGUUUUGGUUGAGCGUGUGGCUCUGUGUAUUGCUAUCUGCGGCCAUAACUAAAGUUGGUAUGACUUGAGAAUCAAGCGGUUGGCAACAUUCAUCUCUCAACGGGGUGCCUAACUCAGUGUUUCGGUGUGUUUGACCCAUAGACUGUAUAUAAGAUGGACAGAGUCUGCCUCCUCGCUGGGUGAAGCCACUCCGAGAACAGCACCCUCUGAUGGUGGGCUGCAGUACAGGUCAUAAAUCCCGCCUCCACCAGCAAAGCUUAUGGGACUGUGGACAAACUUUAGAAAUUUAUUACACAGAACAUAAAUGUUUCUCCCCCCUGCUUGUGAUGUUGACAUGUAGUUACUGUCAGACUGGUUUGUGCCCAAGUCCUUUUUUUUCUGUACAGCUCUGUUUUUAAAAGUUAUUAGGGGGUUCAUGUUUUCUAUGAUUGACACCUGGUACAGCCUAUGGGCGUUCAGGGAUUGCGUAGCUCACCCGGGGGGGAUACGCUGUUUGAGCCGAGCGUCAUCACAGGGACUCUCGGCGACUGCGCGGCCGAAUGCGUGCAUCGCUGUUGCGCAGCUCUGGUUUCGAGGAAGUGGAGAAAAACCCGGAAUUACAGAGAGCUUUUUGGCUUCAAAUCCGUAUACAGGCGGAAGGCGGAAUCAGGUUGUCCAUAGUAUAUACAGUCUAUGGUUUGACCCUAACUUCAUUUUACGCGGGAAAAUCCUUUUAAACCUUCAGGUGGUAAACACUACAUAAACAACUGAAUUUUCAUGUGUCUUCAUCUGCAGGAAUUGGCGAACCCUACAGUUGAGGCACCAGGUAAAGGUUACAUAGGUAAGUACAACUCUUGGUUUUCAAACACGCACUUUGGGUUAGGAUUAAACCUUCCCCACUCCUUCCUAAAAUUAAAGAACUUUAAAUCAUUUAAUACAAAUUAAGUUACAUUGUUUUGUGAUGUUUUUGCUGUUAAAGUGACACUAUAUAAAGACCUAUAAAGACCCAUGUUGACCUAUAUAAAGGGGAACUGGUGAAAUACUAGAAAUGUGUAGUAGGUUGUACCAAGUACAUAAAUCUGGGCAAAGAAGACAACAAAUGCAAUAUUUCAUGUGUUCAUGUAGCCUAUACAAAGAUGUCAUAAUGUCAAGUCUCUGCUUUCCCUAUCCAACACCCUCUCAGUAAUAUUUUCAGGCCUAUGUCUUUUUACUGUGCAGUGUUUACUCUCAUCAACCCCUUUCCUUCAAAAAUAAUAGUGAACAAAAUAAAUGGACUCUAACUGCUGGACACUUUCUGUUCUUGUUAGUACCAAACGUGGACCUCCCACCUCUGUGUUCCUCUCGGUUUCGUCCGGGUCCUCCAGGAGAACAAGCACAGGCUGCCAGCCAGUUUAUAGCUGAUGUCAUUGAAAGGUGUCACUAUCUCAAAAACACAUUUCAGCUUUUCUUUCGGAACCUGAUGAUACUCUUGAAACUCCUCCCUGCUUUUCUUAACCUGUUUUUUUUUGCUGUUUUUGCAGCUCUGAAGUGAUACAGACAGAGGACUUAUGCAUUGACAGAGGAAAGGUAAAAUAAAAAAAAAUAACAGUGACUGCACUGGUGCUGUUCAUAAUGUUGGGUCAUUGGUCCUGAUUCUCUUGAUUCUGGUUCUAGCUCUGCUGGGUGCUCUACUGUGACCUGAUGUGUCUCGACUAUGAUGGAAAUUUGUUGGAUGCAUGUAUCAUCGCCUUGCUUGCUGCUUUAAAAAACAGUAUGUGCUACUUUACAGCUUCUUACUCUCCUCUGAUGAGAAUAUAAUUUAAAGCCUAAACUUUAAUCUUUUAGCAUUUAUGAAUGCCAGUUUCCCUGCCCCCCUACAGCGAAACUCCCAGAAGUCACCAUCAACACAGAGACAUGUUCUCCGGAGGUGAAUUUAGAGAAGAGACGUGAGCUGCAUGUUCAUAAACAUCCAGUCGGUGCCUCUUUUUGCAUCUUUGACAAGUGAGUGCAGGAUUUUUAGUUUAUCAAGCCAGAAGAAAACAUGGUUUCAAAGUUUGAGUGGCUGACAAAUGGCUCUAUAACCCACUGUGUGCAGCUCCAUCCUGAUUGUAGACCCCAUGUCUGAGGAGGAGAGUCUGUGUACCGCUCACCUCACUGUGGUGACAGAUGAGGAGGAGCGACUCUGUGCUGUACACAAACCAGGUCAGAAAAAAUGCGUAAUGAUAUGAAAACUUUUGAAUCAGAGGUUAAAUGACAGCAAAUAUGACUUAAUUUGCUUAAUAAAUCUCUCCUUAUUUAAGUGCAGUCUUGUCUACAGUGUAAUAAGUAAUAAUUUAAAACACACAAGUGUUAUUCUCUUGACUGUUUCCUAAUGUCAAAGGUAAAAUACGUUGCUAUUGUACCAUAUUAAAAUACUGAACUACGAAACAGAUGAAUUUAAGUUUAGUUUUCUUUGCAUCUUUGUUGUGCAGAUACUUUUUGAUUUUUAUGUAGUUAUUUGCCGUUUUGGAGUUUUCUUUCUAGACAUCUUAGUUGUGAGCAUCAAAACAAACCGCCACAUCUAAUGUUUCAUCUUUCAUCACUGCUCACGAUCUUCCCCUCUGUUGUUUCAGGAGGGACAUCACUGUCAGGAGAGAAGCUGCAGGAGUGCAUAACCAGAGCAGCAACGCGACAGAGGGAGAUCCAGAAACUCAUUGACAAAGUCAUAAACAGCGUGAAGGCAGCACAAUAAAGAGCCUCAGACAAAGCUUUUUUUUUUCUUUUUUUUAUCUAAAAGCUGUAUUUUCCACUGUCAAUAUAUAUUCUUUUUUUAAUAACAAUAAAACUGCUGACAAAGACUCCUUAAAAAAUUAUUUCUCAGUGUCCAGAAACGUCUCACACACACACCCGUUUGAUGUCUCGUAAGAAUACUCUCAUGGCUCCUGAACUCAUUAAAAGGAAAUGCCUUUUCCAAAUGUGCUGUACAAAAGCAGAUACACUGUCUUGCAUGUUGACCUCGAGUCCCCUCCGUCAGACCACGAUGGCCGACGGAAGAAAAACUUCCAUCAGGCUGAGAGGUAGAGAGCUGCCCCCAGGCCCUGCUCUAAGAUCAGAUGUUGCAUUUUCACAUAAAAUGCUUUGUGUAGAGAAUUUGGUGUCUGUGAUCCAGUCAUGAAGAGCAGCUUCUACCAGGUUCAACCAAGCAGAGGCAGGGUGAUCAGGCCCCCCCCCAUGAAGACUCCUCUGAGACUGCGCAUUCACGAUCCUCUCAGUCCACAGGGAGGAGAAAAGCCUCCCUGACAGGGCGAUUUGUAAUUAUGAAAGCCUGCUACCUACGAGAACCAUCUUUGCUGUCUCAUCUCAAAAAAUAUCACUAUGGUUCUUUAGGCGUAGGUCUCUAAAAUCCACCUACUCAAAGAUGGACAUAAUUUUGGCUGUCCAAAACCCUCUGGCAACCAUUACAAACAAAUUUGUCAGCUAGAAAAAAGACACAAAUAUGACAAAAAGUCCUUUUUUUGUCUGCAGGCUCCACAGUAAGGCAGACAAAGAGCACAGUAUGGAUCAUUCACGUCCUUGUGUAGCUGGGGGAAAGUUUUUUUAGUGUGAUUCUAGUCUGUCAUGACUUCGGGAGCGGCUGUGGCAGGCUCCUCUUCCUUUUACUUCUUGGUUGGCUGGCGGUAUGUUGCCGAGGUGCUCCCCCCUGAGGAGCUGCUGCUCCCAUAGCCAUUUGCUGCUGCUGCUGCAUUUGGUGCUGCAAGAAUUGCAACUGUCCAAACGGAAGGAAAGAUGAAAAGAGAGAUGUUAUUACUGCCAAUAAUAUGCAUAAUUGAGUGGAUCUGAUAAUAAAGGAAGCAACUUGUAAAAACAACAUGUCCUGGUGCUGAAACUGAAAUAUCUCUCGGAUUACCAGCGGGACGCUUUGUGCCUUUAAUAGUCUUACAGUGGCAUGUGUUAGUGAAGCUGGACUAUGGCCUGGUCGGACAUACAGGAGGAAUGUGUGGAGAAACACAGAAGACUGGUUAAUGGGUUGCAGAGGGAAGGGAGAAGAAGGAAGAGAUAGAGAUUGGUGUGGGGAGUGGGUCAGGUUCAGGGGUUUGUGUGUGUUGGGGAGUGAGGCAGGAUACAGUCAAGCAGCACCAGUGGCGAUCUGGAGACACAAAUAAUUGGCUGUGAUCCUGGCAACAAUAGACAUGCAGCUCAGCAACCGUGCUUUCUGCUUGGAGUAAGUCAGCAACUUCAACUGGGCAGGAAACAAAAAGAAAUAACAAAACAAAGAAAAAAAACCCUGAUGUUACCAUGCUCAAAGCCUGUCCUCUAUAACCUGCCAAGAUGCAGUCAGCAAUAAUAACAGAGUGUUCCCCGAUGACAAGAUUUCAGAUCCUGUCCCUUAUUUAAGAGCAUGCCUCCCAGCUCAAUAUAAUGUUAGUCGCUGCCACUGGAAGUGCCAGAAGCUCUGUGUUUGUGUGUGUAGGUUUGGCUAGGAGUACUAGGACUGCUGUUUCAGACAACAUUUUAACAAAACAUACAACACAAGAUGGAGUGAAUGGAUCCACAGCACAGAAAAAGAAGAGCUCUUUCAGGUUUUUCAUGAAAAUCAGACCUGGGGUGAUGCUGCCUUUAAAACUUUUAAAACUAGUCAUGAGAAGAAAAGUCUUUCAUGAAUAAUAUUGGGGUAUUUUAAAGGGAUAUUCUGGCGUAAAAUUGAUUUAGGGUCAAACACACUGUAACACCGAGUUAGACCCCGCCCCAAGGGAUGAAUGU